AUGGAUUCUGCAGCAACAGAGGGAGAGAAGGGGUCUCCUGUGGUGGUGGGGCUGCUGGUUGUAGGCAACAUCAUUAUUCUGUUGUCAGGCCUGGCCCUGUUUGCCGAGACAGUGUGGGUGACAGCUGACCAGUACCGUGUGUACCCACUGAUGGGCGUCUCAGGCAAGGACGAUGUCUUCGCUGGUGCCUGGAUUGCUAUCUUCUGCGGCUUCUCCUUCUUCGUGGUGGCCAGCUUUGGUGUAGGAGCCGCACUCUGCCGCCGUCGGUCCAUGAUCCUCACGUACCUGCUGCUGAUGCUCAUAGUCUACAUCUUCGAGUGUGCCUCCUGCAUCACAUCCUACACCCACCGAGACUAUAUGGUGUCCAACCCGUCCCUGAUCACCAAGCAAAUGCUGACCUUCUACAGUGCAGACAGCGACCAGGGCCAGGAGCUAACCCGCCUCUGGGACCGGGUCAUGAUUGAGCAAGAAUGCUGCGGCACAUCUGGCCCCCUUGACUGGGUGAAUUACACAUCUGCCUUCCGGGCAGCCACUCCAGAAGUGGAAUUCCCCUGGCCUCCUCUGUGCUGUCGCCGGACAGGGAACUUCAUCCCCAUCAAUGAAGAGGGCUGCAGAGUGGGCCACAUGGACUACCUGUUUACCAAGGGUUGCUUUGAGCACAUCGGUCAUGCCAUUGACAGCUACACCUGGGGCAUAUCAUGGUUCGGCUUCGCCAUCUUGAUGUGGACACUCCCUGUGAUGCUGGUGGCCAUGUAUUUCUAUACCACUCUCUGAAGAUGAAGAGGAGGCCGUAUAUUCACCUCUGUCUGAAGCUCCUGCCUCUCAGCUGCACCUGGGCCUUUCCCCCACCCCCAGCCCCAUGUACCUCAGCCACAGCUCACCCAUGUCUACCUCCCUCCAUCUUCCCUUCUUGCAAUCCCAAAGUCCCUUCGUAGGUGUAGGAGCUGCCCUGGGCCCUAGCUGUGCCCCAGGCCUGGGUUUGUGUGCCUGAACCCUCUUGGCCACGUUGCACUGCAUUUGGUUGAUCUCUUUAUCUUUCUGGUGACAAUGAAAUGUCCUGUCCUUGGAGGCCCUGCCUCUGUUCCUGACAACCCAUCAUGCACCUCUCUUGUGCCUUCCAGAACAUCUUGCAGGGCAGGCAUAGCCAUUGCUGCUCAGUAGUUUGUAGAAGCUCUAACAGACCUAGAUUGCUGUGAGGGGAGGGGCAGAUCAGCUAUGGUCACUGUGGUUCUUGAU